AUGUGGUCAGUUUCUGGCAUAGCUCGCGAAGCCUCACAUCAUAAACUUGCACAGUCGAGUAAGAUAUUCGUUUACAAAAGUCUCAACAGAGUGGCAUACUUUGUUUUAAGUAUACUGCGUAGAUUAAUGUGUUCCUAUUUCUUCCCGCAGAAAAUGAACUUCGCUUCAAAUAACAGCUCUUUAAACGAACCAGGAAAUGAAGCGACCUCAUCAUCAACGGCAUGUUACGUCAAUGAUACCUGGUCAGUCAAACUGGGACGAAUAAUCGCAUACAGUGUUGUAAUACUAGCAUCAUUGUUGGGAAAUAUCUUUAUCAUAGCCGUUGUCCACAAGUAUGGGAAAACCCGAAAAACGGUUAAUUAUGCAGUUGUUAACAUGGCGGCCGCCAGUCUUAUUAUUACAACGACUUACAUGCCAAGGUUAAUUCCCAUGUUUUUAAUCGGUUCAGACUGGCUCGUACAAGGUAGCGCGGGUUACGCCUUAUGCAAGACUGUUCCAUUUCUCCAUGGAGUUGCUAUUCUUGCGUCCGUAAUGACUUUGCUGACAUCCAGUGUAGAUACGUUUCUUGCCGUCGUCUUUCCACUCAAGAAAUUAUUCACACCCAAAGUUGCGAAGCUCGCCAUAUUCUUGACAUGGGCCUUGUCUGUGAUUUCCAGGCUUCCAUAUCUUUUAGCUUUAAAGACGAAGAUGUCCGGAGCCAGACAAAUCUGCAGCGGAAGAUUAGACAACGCGUUUAGCAACGAAAACGCUCGAGCAAUCUACUACACAUUUCUUCUGAUCACAUUUUACGCUUUUCCAUGGCUAGCGAUUUCAAUCUUCUAUUCAACUGUGGCUUUUAUACUCAAAAGAGGUAAAACUCCGCGUCAAGAAGGUAUCACGGCUGUACGAUUGAACAGAGCUCGAGGAAGAGCUACAAAGAAAGUUCUUAAAAUGAUGGUUGUGAUAACUAUUGUUUUUCUCGUAUGUUGGAUUACUUAUUUCCUAGUUUUCCUUAUUUUCAGUAAAGUGCCCUGUAGCGUUAGAUUCUGGCGUCUGUUUCUUGCACAUUGUAACUGCGCCAUAAACCCAAUUUUAUUUUCGGUAUUUAACACUACCGUUCAAAGAGGUAUCAGAGACGUUCUCAGGAAAUGUCGCGGAUCGGCAAGACAGUCUUCCGCCUCCGAUGGAUUCCUCGGGAGCAUAUUUACAAGAGCGAUGAAAAGAAAGAAAAUGUACAUUUCACCAAGGAGAAAAUCAAAAGCAUUUUCCAUUGAUGUUUCUCUAAACAUGGUAACCUUUAAUGGAAUAAGUGGCAAGACAGAAGCUUCGAGAGGGAAAAUUGCUGAAUCUGAACUCGGAAGUAUAAUAAAUGAAGGAUUUUAUAAGAAGGCAUCUUAUACCAGCUCUAUCAUUGGUUUUAGAAACCUCGAAUGCUAA